AUGUUUAAUGCCCCACAAACCUAUGCUGAUGAUAAUGCGGAAGUGCAAAAGGGUGGCUCGACACCUCGUCUGAGUUCGCCCAAAUCUUUGCUGCUUUGGUUGACCGGCUCCUUCAACCGGUCUUUGCUUGUCUUUAAGCUAUUCUACUUCUUCUUCUUUGCCGCGUUCGGCUCACUUUUUCCUCUGAUCUCGAUCUACUUUAAGCAGCUUGGCCUGAAUGCCACGCAGUGUGGGGUGCUCUCGGGAAUCCGCUCCCUAGUUGAAUGCUUUGGAGCGCCGUUUUGGAGCAGCCUGGCCGAGAAAUGGAAGAAGGCCAAGGAGUUCUUCAUCUUCAGUUUGCUUUGCUGGAUCGCCUUCAACCUAGCCGUGGGCUUUGUGAGGCCCACGCCCGAGGGUUGUCUCAUCACAUUACUGACCACACCAUCUGAGUCAGUCAACCUUUCCACCGCUCCGAUGGCCAUUGCUGAGAUCUACAGAAACUAUCGAUACGACAAUGUGAAAGCCAUGGAAAUGGAUCGUGACGUGUCAUUUCCGAGCCGGGACAGAAUCGGCCAGACUCCGCUGCUGCUCAACACCGAGUUGCUGGUAGACCCGAGUGCUUACGUAGGCGAGGCCUGGACAUGGGGCCAAAAGGUACGUUCUCGCGGUAAGACCAACUAUGCAAAAGACCUACCUCGCUUCCACGACCCUGAAAGGUAUCCACCCGGAAGUCUAGUCAUGCCGUUGUACUCCACGGUGGUCUACAGCCAAAGCAAAAUAAACCAGAUUUUCGUGGUUCUGUUGCUGCUCAUUCUGGUCGGGGAGUUAUUCAGCUGCCCGGCCAUCUGCCUGGCUGACUCGUGUGUUCUGUUGCACUUAGAAGACGACCCUGACAACACCUACGGCAAGCAACGGAUGCUCGGGUCAGUCGGGUGGGGCCUGAUGAUGCUGUUCAUCGGGAUUGUACUCGACAACUCGGCCUCCUUUCCUGAGCAUCCAUGCCUGGCUCCGGGUCACCGAGAGCGCAAUUACAUGAUCUGUUUUGCCAUGUUCAGUGUGCUCAUGUCCUGUGCCUUGAUUACGGCUACACAGUUCACCUUCGGCUAUGAGCGUGGCCAAGAGAGCAUGUACUUCAAAGUGGUCAAGGACAAGAUGGCUCGGACCCUGUUGGGUCGUCAGACGAAGAAUCGGUCAAAACUGGUCAAUGAAGAGGAUGAAGAGACGCCGCAAUUUGCGGAGGUCUCGGAAAUGGCCGGAGAAGGAGGGGAUUCAAGCAAAGUGUCUGCUAAAGGAGCACAAUCAAAGCCCACAAACGAGGAAAUCCUCGAACGCCAGCUGGGCAUCAAGUUAGACAGGAGUUCCGCUCCGCAGAAGGCGGCUCUCACAGAAGUGGACCCUUAUGCGGAAGACCUCGCUUCGACAGCCCAACUCAAGGUAUCCUCCACCUUCCAUGUUUGCAAUGCCUUCAUUUCCUCUCCUUUAAUCGGUUUCAGCAGAAGCACAAAAGCUUGCCCUUUGUCUGACCGGCUUAUAUGCAUAUCAUUGGACGAUCAAUUGUGGUUCACAUACUCGAGAAGCAUCAAUGUAGGACUUUGUCGCUUUUUCUUAUCCAUACCUUUCCUGCAGAUAACUAAAUGGUUUCAAGUGCUGCAUCAAUUUUCGAAGCCUCGCCUAGCCUCCUUUCUCUUUGUUGCCUGGUUUAUGGGACUGGGCAUGGGACAGGUGUUUUCUUUCCUUUUUUGGCACAUGCAAGAGUUGGGCGGCUCGCCAACACUCUUUGGCAUCGCAUCAGUCAUCAAUCAUAUCUCCGAGAUCCUAGCCUAUUACUUUAGCAAAACAGUCAUAGACCGUAUUGGUGAGUUCAAAAGAUCACAUUCUAGGCCUUGCCUCUGGCAAUAUUCACUCUUUACAUGUACAUUGAUUGAUAUAUAA